AUGUCUGCAAUCCUCAUCUCCGACAGCAGUAGUCCAGUCGUUCCUACCAACGCCGAUCCUCAAGAUCAACCAAUAUCGACAUCGAACAGACCGUGGGGACGCAAGGGAAAGGUGUGUGAUGCUUUGGGUGUGACGAAAGAAGGGUGGAAGAACUGGUGGAGGAGGACUCGAUUCGAAUAUCAUAUGUCAGUGGCUAUCGAACGUGCGGCUGGGCAUUACCUUCCGCUUGUCAAGGGUGGACCUCGCUCUCAUGGUUCGCGUUCUUCGCCACGCGGAUACAUCGAGUCAGUCCACAAGGAUGCUGAGCCUGGGUUCUCUGAGCACUCCUCAACAARGGCAUGGAAGUUGGAAACAGACGAGUCUUCCUUUCGGACACGGAUAGCGUAG